AUGGCACUCCUUGUUGACAGAUUACGACCGAAGACCCUCGAUGCGCUUACGUAUCAUCAUGAUCUUUCAGCUCGCCUUAAAGCUCUGGCACAAAGCGGCGAUUUCCCUCAUCUUCUUGUCUAUGGACCAUCCGGUGCAGGCAAGAAAACCAGAAUUAUUGCUACUUUGAAGGAGCUAUAUGGACCCGGUGUUGAGAAAAUUAAGAUUGAUGCCCGCGUCUUUCAGACAAGCAGUAACCGGAAGCUAGAAUUCAACAUUGUUUCUUCUAUAUAUCACCUUGAACUCACACCGUCGGAUGUGGGCAACUACGAUCGGGUUGUGGUCCAGGAACUUUUAAAAGAAAUUGCACAGACACAGCAGGUAGAUCAAUCCGCUAAACAGCGAUUCAAGGUUGUUGUUAUCAAUGAAGCAGACCAUCUUUCCAGAGAUGCGCAGGCGGCACUCAGGAGAACGAUGGAGAAAUACAGUCCCAACAUGCGAUUAAUAUUACUUGCCAACACUACCGCCAACAUUAUUGCCCCGAUCCGAUCGAGAACGCUGCUGGUCCGAGUUGCUGCGCCAACGGAGGAUGACAUUUGCCAGGCUCUAAAGCUUGCUGGAAAGAAAGAGGGUUGGAAUGAUUGUCCAGCGCUCAAUAAACGGUUAGCCAAGGAGAGUGGGAGGAAUUUACGCCGGGCCCUUCUCAUGUUUGAGGCAGUUCAUGCGCAAAAUGAGAAAGUAGCGGACGAUACGCCAAUCCCUCCACCAGACUGGGAGGCGCUGAUCUCUGUGGUAGCCGAAGAAAUCAUGGCAGAGCGGUCUCCUGCUAGGAUACUUCAAACCCUCACAUUCAAACUAAUACCGAAAAUUGAUGAUGCUCUGAAGCCUGAAGUCAUUAAAUGGUCAGCCUUCUACGAACAUAGGAUAAAGCUUGGAAGUAAAGUUAUUUUCCACCUUGAAGCCUUUGUCGCGAAGUUUAUGAGGAUUCUUGAAAGUUAUUUGAUGGGGCUCGAUUUUUGA